AUGCAGUACGAGACCAGCGAAGGUCACUGCGUUGUGGCACCGCUGCGCUGUGACACACGGCUGCAGCAGUUCGUGGCGCGCAGCUUUCGGGAGCAGCUGGGAAGACAGUCGGGAGCUCUGCAUGUGAACGUGCGGCAGUAUGCCGCCAGUGCCUGCCAGUCGGGUCUGGUCCUGGUGGACGGCCACGUGUCGCCGGGGCGUCGGAUGCUGCAGGGCGGCGAAGUCGUGCUCCUGCGCUCCAGCGCAACGGAGGAAGGCGGCGAUGCGCCAACUAAAAGACGAGGUGUUCCUCGCAUGUUGCUCCACGACUUAGAUCAAGAGAUGCAAGUGGAAGAGCAUGGCGAAAAUGGCUAUGCCCACUUCUGCAGAUACUACCGCGAUGUGCAGCUUUUGCUUGGAUUGGAAGACUGGGAGCGGUGUGAGAAACUCUUCUUCAGCCCGGUGCCAUUGAGUUUGCGGAUCAACCGGACAUCGAUGCACCAGCAAACCUUGCAAAGCCUGCAAGAGACAUUCGGGACGCGAGCUGAAAUGGUUCCUUGGAUGAUGCCCUUUGGUGGAGCCAUGCACGUGGCGCCCAGUCCUUCUUCAGAGGAGGCGUUUGCAGGUCUGCAGCUGGUGCACUUCCUGGCAACUUCAGGAGAAGUGGUGGUGCAGGAGGCCCUUUCGAUGCUCCCGGCCUGUGCCUUAGACGUCCGUCCGGGCCACAGGGCCCUGGAUUUGUGCAGCGCCCCAGGGAGCAAGACCUGCCAGUUGCUGGACGCCCUGCAGGGGGAGUCCGCUUCCGCCCUGGUGGCCAAUGACCUGCUGUUGGAACGUGCGGAACGGGUCAAAAACAGGGCCAAAUGGCAAAGGUGUAGGGAACUCAUGGUGACCAAUUGGGAGGCUCAGGAUGGUUGUGUCUUCCCCAAAGUCUUUCCAGAAGGCUUUGAUCGAAUACUGGUGGAUGUGCCGUGCAGUUCCGACGGGACGAUGCGCAAGGAGCUGAAGCGUUUGCAGCGCUGGAAGGUUUCGUCGGCCUUAAACCACCAUGGAUUGCAACUGCGGUUGCUGUGUCGUGGCCUGGAGUUACUGAAGCCAGGAGGGCGUUUGGUCUAUUCCACCUGUUCUUUGAACCCCAUCGAAAACGAAGCCGUUGUACAAGCGGCGUUGCUUCGUUUUGGCCCAGAGCUGUCCCUGUUACCCGCAGAAGAUGUGUUACCACCUGGAUGUCCUCGCGGUUCCCCUGGCCUGGACGAUUGGUUCGUGCCGGACCCAUCCUUUGAGUCAACUGCUGUGGUACACCACGAGGUUGGACACCUCCCAGCCCCAUUGGAGGCCUCCAUGUUUGCGACUCCCCAAGGUAGGCAGCUUCAUCUGCAGCGUUGUGCCAGGUUUUGGCCCAUUCACGGGCCAUAUUUUGGUGGAUUUUUCCUGGCAGCCUUUGCGAAAACUGCCAGCUGUGCACCAACAAAGCCUUUGGCUUUCAAUGAGUUCACGCCACACUUUGUGAAUGUUGCCGAAUCCGCCCCGGAGGGUUUUGAUGACCUGGUGCAGUUCUUCGGCCUUGAGCCAUCAGAGCUGCGGUACUGGGUGCUGAGUCCCAGUGGAACGAUCUGCGAAGUGAGUCCCAGAUAUCUCGAAGUGGAGCGCAGCCUGGGAAACCUGGCGAUUCUGCAGGUGGGUCUUCCGCUACUACACCGCCUGCGAACCGGUCACUGGAAGAUUUGCCCCGAAGGGGCGCAGCGUGUAGCUGCGGCCGCCACCAAGCGAAAGAUGUGGCACCCAGUGAAGUGGGACACGGCAACUGCCUUGUUGCAGAGGUCCUUGCCUUGCGAUGCGGCUGAUGGCCCUUUGUUGGUUCAAGUGGCUGUCGCAGACAGUAGCUGCUGGUUGAGUGGAGAUGUGGUGAACGGCAUGCUGAGUUUGGAGACGCCCAGUGAUGUGUUGCAGCGGAUUCGGCUGGUGCUGGAGGAAACAAAUCGCAGCCUGACUGCCCUGGCUGCUCUGCGGCCCUGUGGGAUUGUGAUGAAGCGUGUGGCAGAG